UCGGGACUGUGAGGCGCCCUGAUUGGAAAUUGUAUAGUCCAGAGCGUGAGGAAAAAGGAGGCACAAAUGGUUGAGUGAGACACGGGAGUGCACGAUACAUUUGUUACCCAGCGUUACAAAUUUUUUUUUGCAGCUCGUGCAGUAGUUCAUCAAGGGGCUUAUUCUAUGAAUUCCGUCGCGCGCCUUCGCUUCUCCAAGAGCACGAGAGUUCGUGAGCGAAGUAAAACUGGAAGCUCCGCGGUUAGCAGCAGAGUGCAGGCUGAGGCAGAAGAAGUAAGAGCAGCGCUGAGCUGAGAGAAAAAAAGUAAUGGCUGCAUGUAUGAAGUGGUGUCCGUGGCGGCGCGGUAGCAGAGAACUUCUCCGGGCUGUUGCUUUCUCCGUGUGCCUACUGCUUUUGGAAGCCUCGGGACGAGUUUACGGACAAUACAACGGAGAGAGAGGCAUUUCAAUCCCAGACCAUGGCUACUGUCAGCCAAUUUCUAUUCCACUCUGCACUGAUAUCGCUUAUAAUCAGACUAUCAUGCCGAACUUACUGGGGCACACAAAUCAGGAGGAUGCCGGGCUGGAGGUGCAUCAGUUCUAUCCACUAGUCAAAGUCCAGUGUUCGCCUGACCUCAAGUUUUUCCUGUGCUCCAUGUACGCCCCUGUCUGCACCGUUCUGGAACAGGCGCUGCCUCCAUGCCGCUCUCUUUGCGAGAGAGCCCGUCAAGGCUGUGAGGCACUGAUGAAUAAGUUUGGCUUCCAGUGGCCCGAAACCCUAAAAUGUGAGAAAUUCCCUGUCCACGGGGCUGGAGAACUUUGUGUGGGGCAAAACAGCACAGACAAAGGUAACCCAACUCUCUAUCCUACUAUUUCUCCCCUAGACCAUGUGACUGGCCAUCCUGGUGGGAGAGACUCAAAAUUCCCGUGCCCGAGAGCACUCAAAGUACCCGUUUACCUUAACUACCAUUUCUUGGGGGAGAAAGAUUGUGGGGCGCCAUGCGAGCCCGCUAUAUCUAAUGGGCUGAUGUACUUUACUCAAGAAGAGCUGAAGUUUUCCAGGAUCUGGAUCGGCAUCUGGUCUGUUCUGUGCUGCGCUUCUACCUUGUUUACUGUGUUAACUUAUUUGGUUGACAUGAAGAGAUUUAGUUAUCCUGAACGUCCUAUCAUUUUUCUGUCCGGUUGCUAUACUAUGGUGGCAGUUGCUUACAUUGCAGGAUUUCUUCUCGAAGACCGUGUGGUUUGCAAUGACAAGUUUGUGGAAGAUGGGUAUAAAACUGUUGCCCAGGGCACAAAGAAAGAAGGGUGUACCAUCCUGUUCAUGAUGCUUUACUUUUUUAGCAUGGCAAGCUCCAUUUGGUGGGUCAUCUUGUCUUUAACUUGGUUUCUGGCAGCUGGGAUGAAGUGGGGUCAUGAGGCUAUUGAAGCCAAUUCUCAGUACUUUCACCUUGCAGCCUGGGCAGUGCCAGCCAUUAAAACCAUUACCAUCUUAGCAGUGGGUCAGGUGGAUGGUGAUGUCCUCAGUGGUGUCUGCUUUGUAGGGAUCAAUAACGUGGAUGCGCUCCGUGGAUUUGUCCUGGCACCAUUGUUUGUCUAUCUGUUUAUUGGCACCUCAUUUCUACUAGCAGGCUUUGUUUCACUUUUUCGAAUUAGAACUAUUAUGAAACAUGAUGGCACAAAAACAGAAAAGUUGGAGAAACUGAUGGUUCGGAUAGGCAUCUUCAGUGUUCUGUACACUGUUCCUGCCACCAUAGUGAUUGCUUGUUAUUUUUAUGAGCAGGCCUUUAGGGAACAGUGGGAGAAGAGUUGGGUGUCUCAGACGUGCAAGAGUUAUGCCAUUCCUUGUCCUGAUAACACACACCCACCAAUGACUCCAGAUUUUACUGUCUUUAUGAUUAAGUAUCUUAUGACAUUAAUUGUUGGCAUCACCUCUGGGUUUUGGAUUUGGUCUGGCAAAACACUGAAUUCAUGGAGAAAAUUUUAUACAAGACUCACUAACAGUAAACAAGGGGAGACCACGGUAUAGAUACUACAGUACAGAACAGAAGGUUAAAAAAAAUAAACAACUUUGAGAUGUGAUGGACUCUUAACUGUUUUAUUGUAUAUAGCACCUGUAAGAUUUUUGUAAGUAUAUAUUUGUAUUUAAAAGGCUCUCUACUUCGGGGGGGGGGGGGGGGUGUAGUCCAUUUCUGGAAUUCAGAAGGACCACUGGUUAUAUUUAGUGCUAAACAAGAAAGAGUUUGUAAUUUCACCCAAGUACAGAGUUGAGUGCAUUCAGUGAACAAGAAUGGCAGCUUACUUGAAAGCUGAUAUCAGUGCCUGCUAGUUCACAUGCCUCAGUUCUAUAGAAGAAUCUCCUGAUGUAAGAGUUGAGGCAUCGGGGACCAUUAGUUGCUUACAUGUUGCAUAUACAGUAUGGGGUCUCAACUGCUGCACUUUUAUUCUUGGUGUUGCAGUAACAAACUUGUGUAGGUAAUGUAUAGUGCUAUUGGAGUUAUGAUUGACUGACCUGUGGCAACCCUCCUAUUCAAACCAUCUACAUGUGCAUUAAAACAUACGUGCAAUUUAAAUUUACUUUUUCCUUUUUAAGUCAAAGAGAAACCAACUGGGUAAAACUGUGACUGAUCUGUUAAUUUCUGGGUAGUACCUUGGGCACAAUUAUAUUAAAGCAAGUUGAUUACAAAACAAAAUGCAGUUCAGUUAAUAUUACUUGCAUUAUUAUUUGAAGGGUUGGCUGGACCAAGACUGUCCUGAGAUUUCACCUUUUGGUCCGUCAGGAUUGCCUAAGAAACCAUGCAGUACCGUUUACAUUGUUGUACUGUGGACCAAGGGGAAGUUUAGUUAUUUGUUUGUUUCCCCAGCCCACUCUCACAUGUGCAGAUUGUGUAAUUUGAACAUAAGUGACUUUUUUUUUAAUUUGAACAGAUAACUUCUCUAAAGCUAAUAGAGGCAGACUGGUUAGAUGUUCAGUAAUAACUUUUAUCUCCAAAUUGUGCUCAGUCUCCUAAAAAUUCAUAGUACUAUGAUAGAAAAUAUUGCUAGACUUUACAGUUAUAAAUAUUUUAGUUUUCCGAUACACAAUAGUACAAGUCUUAUUAUGCCAGUGUUUUAAGUGAUGCUCUUUUUUAUGCUCUGAUUUUGGGUUGUUUGCCCUUGCUGUGAUAUGUUUUUUCCUGAUUUCUUGAGCUGAUGACUAAGAGCUACAUUUUGUAUUGGUUGAUGAUGAUCUUUCAACCAGAGUCAUUCUAGGCUGUGUUUCCAUCACCUGUUUUAAAUGCUUUUAUUUUAUUUAUUUUUUCAGAGCAUUCUGGAAGUAAGAUCAUCUGCACAUAGACCAGUGUUUUUGGGACAAUGUCAUUGUUAUAUGCAAGUUACCCUUACUGUUGCCUUGUUAAGGAAGGUGUUCAGACCUGGAGUUCUCUCUCUUGUUAUGGGGCAUAGCUUUGUCCUUCAGCACUAAAAUAAUCGGCACUACAUAGCAAGAGGGGAUAUAUAAGCAGACAGAUGGAACUCUAUUUUUACAGUGCUAUGAGCCUAUUCUAGGUCUCAGCCAGUGUGAGUCAGCAAACAGGUUUUCAACUUUUAUGAACCUGUAAUCUGAGGAUAGUAUCUUUGUAUACAUGCUUUCAGUUAACUGUAUUUUAAAAUGCUUGGCAUGUUUGUAUUCUAUUUAUUAUGCAUUUUUUUAAAAAAGUACAGAGCAGAAGAAGAAAAAUAUCUAUGGCAUCCAUACCCUUUCCUUUAAUGCAAAAACAAAGUGACUUGAUAUUCAACUAUGUUUGUUCACUGUCACAGAUUCAUUUUAUAUUUAUAGAGGAAUAGUUUAUAUAUACCAUAUUUUUAAUUUCUUUCAAAUAAAAGUUUCAGUUUUUGUACAAAAUGAAAUGGAAUCCUUUGUUUA